CCUUUCCAAAAGAAAGUGAGUCUCCAACUCUGUCAUAGUCUCUUCCGCUUUGAUCGACGCACCAAGCGACUUGUGCAUGCUACUGUAGGUCCGCCGAGACACAUGUCUGCGCGUGUGCUUUUGAUAGGCUACCCGACGAGCAUGGCUCGUUGUGCCUGGCGCGAAUGCUUCUGCCAAUGCUGGGUACAUAGAGCUUGACGCGCCCAAGAAUUCUGAAGCUUCGAAGCCUCUUCUUGUCUACACCAGUUCCUCGCGCCAAAUCCGUCAAGAUGCUUUCUUCUCUUGCCAAGGUCGCCGCCUUGGCCUUGAUGGUCGAUGCCACCUCUGCGGCAGCCAUCACCGUCUCCGCCUCCAGGAUUGCUGGCUCCGCCGUCUCCGACGUCUACCCGCCAUCAAGCACGAGCGCCAACCCGAGCCUGUUCCCAAGCGAGCCUGUUGUUGGCUUCCCAGGCCCAACCCCGACUGGUCUAGAGGCUGCUGCAGCCCAGACUGCUCCGGCCUACCCAUACAACAACGGCCCAGCCAAGUCUUUCCCGCUGGUCGCUCCUCAGCCUCAUGGCGUUUCCACCUUCGGUGACAACUUCGACAUCACCAGAUACUGGGGUAACCUCAGUCCGUGGUACUCGGUCUCGUCUGCCGACUACGGCCUUCCCAAUGCCAGCCCUUUGAUCCCAUCAGGUUGCACGAUCACCCAGCUGCUCCUCCUGUACCGCCAUGGUGCUCGUUACCCCACAAGCGGUGCUGCACCGUCCACCUUUGCCACCAAGGUCGCGAACGCCGCCCGUGUUGGCUUUAACGUGACUGGCGAGCUCUCCUUCUUGGCCAACUGGACCUACAAGCUCGGUGCCGAGCUUCUCACUCCAUUCGGCCGUGCCCAGAACUUCAACCUUGGUGUCGAGUACCGCCAGCUCUAUGGUGAGCUCCUCAACAAUUUCACCACUCAGGGUGCCAUCCCAGUCUUCCGCACGCAGUCCCAGGAUCGCAUGGUUAAGACCGCCGAGAACUUCGCCGCAGGCUUCUUUGGUGUCCCUGAGUACUUGAGCCAGGUCAACAUUGAAAUCCUGGUUGAGACUCCAGGUGUCAACAACUCCGGUGCCCCGUACGAGGUCUGCAACAACUCCAACGUUGCCAGCCGUGGCAGCAUUGGCAGCACCGUCGCCGCCCUGUUUGCCAACAAUGCAUUCAACGCCACGCUUGCGCGGUUGAACUCCGAGGUGACUGGCAACCUUACCUUCACCCCCACCGACGCUAUCGCCAUGCUUCAGCUUUGCUCUUACGAGACUGACGCUCUUGGCUACUCUGCUUUCUGCCCUCUCUUCACAGUUGAUGACUUCCUCAACUACGAGUACUACUUUGAUUUGUCCUUCUACUACAACAACGGCCCCGGCUCCCCAGUCUCUGCCGCGCAGGGUAAGGGCUUCUUGGAGGAGUGGCUUGCCCGCUUCAACCACACCAUCCCGCCGGCGAACUCUGCCCUGAACGAGACCUUCGACAACUCCACGACCUACUUCCCCCUCAACCAGUCCAUCUACGCCGACGCCACCCACGAAGUCGUCGUGCUCGACGCCCUCACCGCCUUCAACUUCACCGCGCUGUUCAACGGCCCUCCUCUUAACUACACUGUCGGCAACGAGGGCACCAACACCUUCGUCGCCAGCAAGCUUGUCCCAUUCGCCACACACUUCACCACUCAGGUUCUGAGCUGUCCGGCAAGAAAUCAGACCAAGCAGAUCCGCUUCAUCGUCAAUGAUGCUGUCAUCCCAGUUUCGGAUUCGCACCCAGGCUGCCCAGUCGACCCUGACGGACUUUGCCCCUUCAACACCAUGAUCUCUGCGCUCACGAACCGCGCCAACCAGAUCAACUUCAACUACGACUGCUUUGCCAACUACACGGCUGCGCCCGGUCACGACUACAACGGCCGUGCUCCUACCUCGUAGAGUAGCACUACGAGCUAUGAAAAGUAAUGUUGGAUGAGAAUAAUGUACAUAACUCUAGAUUAAUGACGUGCGAAAAAAAUGUAUGUCUCCAACGCUUAAAGUAUGUAUCUCGACAGCUAAGCAAUGUAUGAUCAUUAUAUUUACG